AUGAAAUCUGCAAAUAAGGAGAUAACAUAUUGGAUGAUCUGGAAAGGACCGUUGAUGAGUGGUGUAAAUACUUACAAGGUAGCGAUAGUGAAGUUUGAUGAUAUUCUUUACAACAUUUCAUUUAUAAUAUUUUAUUUUUUUAGUUCAUCAGGUAAACAAAAGUACCUACAUACUGUGGUUACAAUGUCUUUGGCUUUUGGAGGACCUGCCCAGCCUAGCCCAACCCGGCCAAGAGCCCAUACUUUGAAACGGACACGACGUCGUCUUGAUCUUCGUGAUCGACAACCCACAACAAAACCUCCAUUGCCUAAAACCUUGAAGGCCAAUCAGCUGAAUACCUCAUUGAAUAUGAAUCUCCUCCAUAACACUGUCAGAUCUUCGUCGACUUAUUUGAUGCGGAAUGUUUAUCCACAUCAUGGGCUCAGAUCACUUCUGUCCAGCUCUGCGUCUCUCCGUCGAUUCUCGACGGAAUCUGCACCACCGACUAACCAGUCCUCCUCCACUAAACCAUUAUUCCAAACCCCAUCUUCAGGUUUGGUUUAUGGGAAAUUAGUAGGCAUUACAAAGAACACAUUAAAGAGUGAUGUUCUCAGUCUAUUUGAAGAAUGCAAAUUAAGCAGUGAUGAUCUCAAAGUUGAUUACAAUCCAUCAUACUCACCAACUGGAAUGAUAGUUCAGUUCUCUUCCAGGAGUGCCUAUGAUGCUGCUCUUAGGGCAGUUGCUAAGAAAGGUCGCUUGCUGAUCGUUCAAAAUUGGGAUUACAUCCAGCCAUAUGAUGGGAAAUAUGUUUUACUGCAAGGAAUUCCUCCAAAUGCAAAUUUUGAAGACAUUGAGCGAUUCUUGGCUGGUUGUGAGUAUGAUGCUUCCAGUAUCCGUCUAUUUUUCAGGCAGGGAGCUUCUGGGCCCACAAGGAUGGCACUUGUCCGUUGUCUCUCACCAAUUGCAGCCAUGAGCGCAAUGAUGAUAACAAACAGAGGGUUUUGUUUCAAUAACCAGAUAUUAGUGAAUGUUCUUCAGUAGCUUCAUAAUCAAGCUUUUUCGUUUUCUUUUAAUUUGGAAAGUGUUCAAGAGUCUCAUUUGUUGUAGUCAGUCUAAGGGGUUGUUUGAUUUUGACUUAAUGAGCUUAACAGGGUUAAGUAGUUAAUAUGAACUACAGACUACUAUAUAAGGAUGUUUCUUUUUGACUUAAUAUGCAGAGAGCUUACUUGAAGC